CGACAACCGAAAGUACCAAUAUUGCCCAAGAUGGAGGAAUCAGAAGUUCAUACAGACAUAUGUCGUGUCUGUCGCUGUGAGAGUACUCCAGACAAACCUUUAUAUCACCCUUGUGUAUGUACAGGAAGUAUACGAUACAUACAUCAAGACUGCUUGGUGCAAUGGCUUAAAUACAGUAGAAAAGAAUAUUGUGAAUUAUGUAAACACAGAUUUGCAUUCACUCCAAUUUAUUCCCCUGAUAUGCCAAAGAGAUUGCCAAUUAAGGACAUAUUUGGGGGAUUAUUGUCCAGUAUUGGGAGAGCAGUAAGGUACUGGUUUCACUAUACACUGGUGGCAUUUGCCUGGCUGGGAGUUGUUCCCCUUACUGCCUGUCGUAUAUACAGAUGUCUAUUCACAGGAUCUGUCAGUUCAUUGCUAACCUUACCUCUAGAUAUGCUAUCCACUGAGAACUUAGCCUCAGACUGUUUCCAUGGGUGUUUUGUGGUGACGUGUACAUUGUGUGCUUUCAUCAGCCUGGUGUGGUUAAGAGAGCAGAUUUUACAUGGAGGAGGCCCAGACUGGCUGGAACAGGACAAUCAACGAAGAAAUAAUAAUAGGAAUCCUCUGGAUGGGGGUGUUGUCAAUAACCUUGUUGGAUUAGGAGGAGGUGGAGUUAGGGCACCUGCAGCCAAUCAGAAUGAGGCUAACAAUGGAGGAGGAGAGGAAGGGGGAGGAGAUGUAGGCCAGGCAGCAGCCAAUGAGGAGGAGCAAGAGGAAGAUGGGGCUGAGGGAGUGGAUGGGGCAAACAAUGGAAAUAAUGGGGCACAAGAUGACAAUAAUUGGAAUCCUAUUGAGUGGGAUAGAGCAGCUGAAGAACUGACAUGGGAGAGACUUCUGGGAUUGGAUGGCUCACUUGUUUUUCUGGAACAUGUUUUCUGGGUGGUGUCUUUGAAUACCUUAUUUAUACUGGUAUUUGCUUUUUGUCCCUACCAUAUUGGACAUUUCACCAUGGUUGGAAUGAAGAUGGAUGACAUGGUGGAAUCCACCCACUUUGAAGGCCUCCUGACUACCAUGAUAGGAUACAUUGUAAUCUCAGCUUCUCUUAUCAUUCUCUACAUGAUGUGUUCCAUAGCCAAACUUAGAAAGUUCCGCAGAGUGCUGGGCCUUUGUUAUGUUGUUGUCAAGGUGAUGCUGCUAGUUGUUAUAGAAGUGGGUGUGUUUCCUGUCAUUUGUGGCUGGUGGCUUGAUAUUUGUUCCUUGUCAAUGUUUGAUGCUACCUUGAAGGACAGGAAAAACAGCUUCCAUGCAGCACCAGGGACCUCCAUGUUUAUCCACUGGUUGGUGGGGAUGGUAUAUGUCUUCUACUUUGCCUCCUUCAUUCUCCUCCUUAGAGAGGUCCUCAGACCAGGGGUCCUCUGGUUCCUCAGAAAUCUGAAUGACCCAGAAUUCAAUCCCAUACAGGAGAUGAUACACCUACCAGUGUACAGACAUGCCAGGAGAUUUUUGGCUUCUGUUGUGAUUUUUGGAAGCACAGUUUUAUUAAUGUUAUGGUUGCCAGCCCGUGUCAUUAGAAAAGUCUUGACAUCAUUUCUACCUUACCAUGUUAUGUUGUCAAGUGAUGCCCCUGUUAGUGAACUCUCCCUAGAGCUUCUUCUGUUACAAGUGGUACUGCCUGCAUUACUGGAGCAGGGACACACUCGCAUGUGGCUGAAGGGGUUGAUACGUGGCUGGACGGUGGGCGUGGCUUAUUUUCUGGGUUUGAGGUCAUAUCUAUUGGGAGAUGCACCAUUACACGAUGGGGACAAUGUGGUAGAGGGUGAACCAGCUGUUCAGGCCCAGCCGGCUCCACCCAAUAACCCAGCUCCACCCCCUGCAGGUGGGGGACUGAGAGCUGCCCAUGUUGCCAUGUUACAGGGUGGGGGACCAACAGGAUUCCAGUCUUACAAAAGACCACCACUUUUCCCACUCAGAAUUGUGCUCCUUGUCCUCUGUCUGUGUUUUACUUUGUUUGCUAUGAGUUUGGUUUCCUUAGUAUUGCCAGUGUUCGUUGGUCGUAAGCUGAUGUCCCUGUGGAUGGGAGAUGCUAAGAUCCACGAGCUUUACACGGCAGCCUGUGGUCUUUAUGUCUGUUGGGUGGUGUUAAGGAUAGGGACAGUUUUAUAUAACUGGAUCCCUCAGGGCACCUCAGUUAUCCUCAACAAGGUCAAGGAGUGGGUCUUCCUGGCUUCUAAAUGUAUUCUUGUGGCUUUUCUGUUGAUUGGAAUGGUGCCAUUAUUACUGGGCCUAUUGUUUGAACUGGUAGUGGUUGCACCACUUCGAGUGCCUCUGGACCAAACUCCCAUAUUUUUUCCAUGGCAGGACUGGGCACUUGGUGUACUACAUGCCAAAAUUGUAACUGCUGUUACAAUGAUGGGGCCCCAGUGGUGGCUCAAAAGGGUCAUAGAACAGGUGUAUAAUGAUGGCAUUCGCAACAUGAACCUUCGUUUUAUUCUGACAAAGUUAUGUGCCCCUGUCAUUGGGGUACUAGGAAUGUCAAUAUCUGUUCCAUAUGUGGUAGCCAGGAGUAUUGUCCCUUUUCUAGGUUUUCCAUUUGAAGUUGAAAAUUUGGUUUUAAGAAGAAUUUACCCAUUCCUUCUUGCCUGCAUAAUAGGUGUACUGAUACUUAUAUUCCAAAUCCGCCAAUUUAAAAGACUUUAUGAACACAUCAAAAAUGACAAAUAUCUGGUGGGUCAGAGACUAGUCAAUUAUGAACCACAUACAACUGCCAAUGUUGUGCCACAGAUGCCAUCUUCAUAAGUACAUGUAGUCCCCCUACUUGUAUUAGACAAUUAAAGAGAGUGAAAAACUGAUGGACAGUAACCAAUACUGAAAAAACGUCAGUUUAUAUUUUAUGUUGAAGUCAGUGGUAUGCAGAAUCGCCAGCUUAUCUUAAUGAUUUUCAGUGAUUACAAACCCUUUCAAACAGUGAUAGACUUGUAAUUUAUGUUGCUGUUUCACAUACUGAAGUGCUGAAUUAUUUAUUUUGUGAUUUACUUGAACUUCCUUCAGAAUUUUUUUUUUUACCUAACCGUAGCCAAAGGCUGAUUUUUUUUUCUGAUAGGAAAAUAGGGUGCAGUCAUUUACUCUACUGUUACUGUAAACAUAUUAUUAUGGCUGGCUGCAUAUUCUAUUAGGGCCUUUUGGGAAAGCAGCUUCUGCUAUUAAUUAAAUACAUCACUAGAUUCUUGUAUAAACAUAAACUGGGUACUAACACAUACAUUUAGAAAUAUGCUAAUUCAUAUCAAUGCUAAAAAAAAUCAUUUCUGCUAAAAAAUACAAUGUACCCUGUAGUACAUAAACAGCAAUAUUUUUCCAAUAGCCUCUGGGCCAGAAAAGACUAGAUUUAAUCAAAAGCUUUCAUACAUAGUAUAGAAUCAAGUGCGUGUUCAAACCAGAGUCCCCAUGGCUAGGGUGGGGGCCACUAAAGGAGGGAGGGGUGUCAAAUUAUUAUAUAGGAAGAUAUACAUUGUAGCACAAAUCUAUAAAAUAAUCUCAAGAACAACAGGGACACAGACCUCAGAAUCAUAUUUUCAGAUUUGUUAAAUCAUGUUCCCUUGCACCGGGAUUGAGCCACAAAAGGAGGUUAAAAAAUUUUAAUGGCACCUAAGUGUGUUUCAGGUGAGCAUUAUGGUCAUAAGGACUUUUGACAGUAAAUUUCUUACGAAUGUCUUAAUUGUUAUUUUUCAGUAUUCAUGUUUUCAAUGAUUUACAAUUGAUGUGUUUUCUGUAUAGUGUGUAUAGAUAAAAUUUGUUCAUGUAUUUGUUUAAGAUGUUCAGUGUUGUGCGGAGUAUGUGUUUAUGAGAUAUUGUAAGACUUGCAGAAGUAUGUUUGAUCUGUGAUGAAGAGUUGAAAAUUUUAUCAUGAAUGUUGAGAUAUGUGGAUAUGUGAGAUCAUGUGUUCCAUUAAUGAGAUGAAUGCUGUGUCUAUGUGCUGACAUCAUCAGUUUUUGUGAUGAUGUCACAAUAAUCUGAGGUGAUCUCAGGCUUGUUAAUUUUGUAUUGUUGAUUUUCCCUGUGUGGUGUUUCAUCAGUGGUUUAUUAAGUCUCUCUUGAAAGUGUAAUUGAUUUUUGAAAUUAAAUGAAAAUUUAUGUACCUGUUACAUGAAUGUAUUCUUAAACUUAAAGACAUUUACAUUUGGCUUUUCGUAAGUAAUUUAAAAACUUCCAAUUUAAUGCAUAAGUGUUUUACAGUGUUCACAUAUUAUUUAUCUGAAAAUAUAUGGCAUGUAGAGUGUAGGUUAAUGUAUUAUAACUGUACUAGAUGAUUAUUUCUGAAAACCUGGACCAAAAAUCUUUACUUCAUAGUUACUUUAUUAAAUAAAUGAAGUAUGCAUUAUUAUUAUUUAUGAUAGACAGAAAAGUCUAAGAGUAUUUAUUUACAUUUAUUCAGAAAAUGCAAUGUACAUUCAAAGUAAGGUUGACAGAUUUAUUCUCAUUUUACAAGGGUGCAAAAUUAUGAGACAUUGUAAAUUGUAAAUUUGAAAAGCAAGAUGAAAGCAGAUUAAUUGUUCAUAUAUGCAUGUACUAGAGCAUAAUGUAUUAAUUACUCUGGACACGUAAACAUCAAUGUCUAAAGCACUAUCUGGGUGUAUUUUUAAGGUAUAAAUGAUCCCUGGUACCCAGAAAAUGAUGAAGCAGAUAGCUGUUUAAAUCUGUGUCAUCUCUGGUUUCUCCUUAUUUUCCUGUCAAGCUUCAUAUAUUUUUAACUUUUUUGUACUAGAGUUUGUAUGCUUGCACUAGCGAUAAUUGAAUGUAGAGGCUAAAAGACAUUCCUUUUGUUAACUGCAUAAAUUCAGAGCAGUAGUGUGACAAACCAAUGCAAAGAUAGUGUUUUUUCCAUUAGUGCUUAUUCAGUGGAGGGGUUUUAAGUCUUUAUUGAGCUUCUAUGUACCAGUAACUUGAUUGAAGUUGUGCCAAAUACUGCUUAGUCUUCUUACUGAAUUUUGUUUCCCAGCUUCUUUUAAAAUAUAUGAGAAACAAUUUUCACAUUGUCAGUACAUGUAACAUAAUUAACACACUUUAAUUUAAACUUUUAGGAAUGGUCAUCCAUCAAGUUCAUUUCAACAUUUGGUGUUUCCCCUAGUGAUUAUAAAAUACCUUGUUUCUACAAAGUACAGGUGGAAAGUUUCUUGUGUAUUAAUGAUGAAUAAAAAAAAAAUAAUAAGUCACAUCUCA